AUGACGGAAUUCCCCUUGAAAAUUGGUGACUUUACGGUCAUUAACAUUGAACUUGCCGAAGGUGUGGGGCACCGCUUUUACACCGUGUCCAAGUCUUCAAACGAUGUCGAGGUUUACAAUAUCCCUCCUUUCUUCAGUAAGGCAUCCCUGCGCACAUUCUUCGCCUCCUUUGGUCCGGUAGUACGACUUCUCUACGAUAAGCAUAAUUGUUCCAUUCAUGUCUCCUAUCAACUGAGCAAAUCUGCAGAGAAGCUCAUCUCAACUCCUAUGACCGUCUCUUACACUCUUCAUCCACCAAAGGCAACGUUCAGUCAGAUCGUUGAUGAUAGCAAAAAGUCGUGGAUGAAGAACUCAGAGUCGUUAAAGAAGGAAUCUGAGGAGUUUUUGCAACAAUAUUACAAGGAAAAGCUCUCCAGGGGUGAGGACUCCGACGAUGAAUCCGAUGAAUGGACUGUAGCAAAACCGAAAAAACGGCGCUCCCGAUGA